AUGGGCGACCACAUUUCAUUGGCUCCGGAGCCAGCCCCGAAACGGCGGAAGCUCCGCAAAGGGACGCAGUCAUGCUGGGAGUGCAAGCGGCGGAAAGCCAAGUGCAUAUUCUCCGACAACCUUGGAAUUUGUGACUCGUGUAAGAGAAGAGGAACAGAUUGUGUGAGUCAGGAUACGGAUGAAAAUCCUCCGCCGCUGGGGAGUAAUAAACAUCUUGUUGAUCGGCUUGGGGAGGUUGAAGCGUUGGUGCAGCAUUUGCUUAAGGCGCAGAGUAGUGAGAGAAGGUCGGAUGAUAGGCUUUCGCCGGAGAGUGUUGGGUCGGGAGGGCGGAGCCAUGAUGAGGACCGAAGACGAUCUGAUUCGUCUCCUGCCUUUCUGACCGAGAGCGUUGUUGAUGCUCACGAGAAUGGCGUGACAACAGACGUCGUCGUCACAAAUAUCACGCCAAGAUCGGAAGACUCAAUACCAUCUGGUGCCGCCGAAGGCCAUGAUGAUCUCUACACAGAACUGGUUGCCGCCUGGCCCGGUCCAGAGGACAUGGCAGUUAUUCUAGGCCUCCCAGUCGAGCCCUCACAAAUCAUCCGCGCACUCACCUGCGCUCCUCCAAAAGAUCGAACGUCCGGCUUUCCAUCUCCAGCAAACUUGCUCCGCCUUCCACCGCGAGGCUCACAUCCUGUCCUGGUAGCACGGAAAAUGCUCGUCCUUGCUACAUAUCUCCAAGGUGUGCCUAUAGUAUCCGAGAAGCAUCUUGACAAGCUUAGCACCAGCUACGAGAGCAUCAUGGCUAGGCUGGUCAAAGUCGCUCAUAACAAAGUUACGUGUGAUGAUGAUCUUGUCUCGUCGCUUGAGGGCAUAGAAUGCAUUAUGCUCGAAGGGCUUUACGCGAAUUACAGUGGUGACCUACGCCGAUCAUGGCUUGCAGCUCGUCGAGCUAUGACGAUGGCUCAGAUGAUGGGACUAAACAGAGGCAUAGCUCCUUUAUCAUUUAGAGGAGCCACCGUUGAUGUCAGCGACCUCUGGUUUCGCAUUCUCAAUUUCGACAGAUACCUUUGCUUGAUGCUUGGUCUGCCACAAAGCUCACCCGACGAACCACUUCCUCGAAUCGAUGAUCUCGAAUCACAUCCCGCCAACCGGAAGCUGCAAAUACUUUGUUCCGUCGCCUGUGCGAAACUGUUGAACCGCAAGACUGCCGAUCUAUACAACACGGAUGUAACAAAAGACAUUGACAAGAUACUUCGCGACGCUUGCACAUCCAUGCCGGCACAAUGGUGGAUCCCGCCUACUCUUGCGUCACAUUCGGAACUUCCUGACAGAAUCCGUGAAACACUGCGAUUUAACGACCAUUUCAUGCAGUACCAUCUUUUACUUGCGCUUCAUAUGCCGUACAUAUUAAAGAUAGAUGGUGAUGAGUCUUGUGGCUACCAUAAACUGACCGCUAUAACAACAAGUCGAGAAAUCUUGACGAGAUUUAUUUCAAUUCGCACGCUACCUCAAACGAAGACUUAUUGUCGAGGAACGGACCUUAUCGCCUUUAUGGCAUCCACCACAUUGACGCUCGGUCACAUCCUAUGCGAUCAUCGCCAUAAAAGGAUUGAGGACCAUGGGUAUCAUUUCCUCACACAGCAGCGGCUGAGCGACAGAGGUCUACUCGAACAAGUUCUCUCCAUAGCAGAAACCAGCAUGCACAGAUUUGAAGACGAGAUUUCCAAGAGGUUGACGACACUGCUCCACUAUCUGUUGGCGAUGGAGGACAAUGUCACAGCUGGGGUGAGGUAUCAUGUGACUUUUUCAGAAGAGACAAAGAGGGAUGCAGAGUUGGGAAAUCACGUCAAGGCAAGUGAUGAUAGUACCGUCUUAGAAAUUCAUCUUCCUCAUUGCCCUGUUAUUAAGAUUCUGCGGAGGGAUCCAGAGGGGAAGGAAGCUUUGCCGGUUGUCAUGGAGGUUCCUUGGGGUCAGACACCAGCAACCGGGACAAGCGCCGUCCGAACUGUAAAUACAGUUGAACCAGUAUCUGCAUCAGAAGUUAUGAGUUCGGGAAUUAAUGUCAGUGGAAUGUCACCACUGCUGUCGGAUAAUCCUGUUGGAGAUACAUGGACGUUGGAGGGGUUGGAUAUGAGUUUUCUUGACAACUUCAUAGAAGGGCCUGCUGUUAUCUGA